AUGAGUUCAUCAGAGGCAGAGUCUGUGAUUAUUCCUGAAAUAACUGAGGGUUCAUCUAUUCAUGAGCUCAUAUCUGUGCUUCGUAGCUCUUUCCAAGAGAAAGAGUAUGAUGAGGUAGAGAGGUUGCUUAUUCUUCGGGAGACAAAGUUGCAAGCUGAACGGGAUAAUCUGAGAAGGGAUCUCCAUACGAUUAGAGAGAAAUGCGGAUUAUUAGAGAAAGAAUAUGGCGUGUCGGAGCGCAACAGGCUCUCAAUAGAACAGCGCUCAAUGAGAUAUAAGCAUGAUCGGGAUGAGUCCAGGGAGCAAUUAAUUAAGCUAAGAGGAGAUGAUAAACUUUUGAAAAUUAAGUUGGAUAAAGCAGAACGGUUGUUCAAAAUGGUGUCUGAGGAGUUGAAGAAAGUGGAAAGUGAGAAGAAGAGUGAAGUGGAUAAACUUACUGUGGAGUUGAAGAAAGUGGAAAGUGAGAAGAAAAGUGAAGUGGAUAAACUGGUUGAGGAGUUGAAGAAAUUGGAAAGUGAGAAGAAAAUUGAAGUGGAUAAACUGGCUCAGGAGCUAAAGAAGAAAAACAAUGAGAUUGAGAAGUUGAAGGAGGAGAAUAAUAUUCUCUUUGAAUUUUUGAAGAGAGAAGGGAAAAGAAUGUUCAAAUUAGAGGUUGAGGUUUUAAAGAUUUGUGGUGAUGAGGCCUCGCUGUCAAAGGGGCGUGUUUGUUAUGACGAGGUGGAUGUUGUGGUUGAAAGGAUUCGCCGAAUGAGUCGGUUAUCUGAUGCCAGUAAGGAUUUGCAAGAUGGAGCUCAUAGCAGCCUGCUCGGAAGUGAGAACACUGACUCUGGCAUUAAAAAGCAGCAGAAUGGAUCAGAUAAAAGUCAUCCGAAAAAGAUGGUUGAAAAUUUGUGUGAUGGCUGUCCAGAUGAUAGUGAGGAUUUGCGAGAUGGAGCUGACGGUAGCCUGCUCAGAUGUAAGAACACUCACUCUGGCAUUGAAAAACAGCCGGAUGGAUUGGAUAAAAAUCAUCAGAAAAUGAUUGUUGAUAAUUUGUCUAAUGGCUGUGCUGAUGUUAGUGAGGAUUUGCAAGAUGGAGCUGACGGUCAGCUCGCAAGUGAGAACACUGACUCUGACAUCAGAAAGCAGCAGGAUGGAUGCGAUGAGAAUUUUCAGAAAACGAUUGUUGAGAAUUUGGCUAAUGGCUGCGCUGAUGUUGGUGAGGAUUUGCAAGAUGGAGCUGACAGAGGCCUGCUCAGAAGUGAGAACACUAACUCUGGCUCUGAAAAGCAGCAGGAUGGAUCAGAUGAAAAUCUUCAGAAAACGACUGUUGCAAACUUGUCUAAUGGCUGUGCUGAUGUAGGAGUUUCGCCGAGGUCAGAAUCUCAUCACCUGGGUUCUCCUGUUGAAGUCUUUCCCUCUCCUAACAUCACUUGUGAUAGUGAUGAAAGUUGGGACCCAGAGUUGAAUGUUGAAACUAGGAUUCCCAGUGAGUCAGUUGCUCCAGUCACUGAAAUAACUAAUAAACUUCUGUCUCCCGUCGUCGUUAUCAGCAGUGAUAGUGAGGAUGAAAAUCUUCCAGCUCGAAAAAGAAGGAAGAUUGAUUUUGUUGGUGUGGAUAACUUCAAGGGAGCCAGUUCGAAUUAUAAUGGAGUGCAUGAUGAUAAUGAUGGCUCAAGUGGAAGUGAUCUGGAUGUUACUUGUUUCGAGUCUUACUUGGAAGAAACGUUUUUGAAAUUUAGAAGAUACAAGGAGAAGGCUUGGAAAUCUGCUGCGGACAUGCGUUCCGCUUUUGAGAAGGAUUAUGAACCUUGCAUGAAUGCCGUCUGUGCGCUUUACCGAAACAAAGUUCCUGCUGGAACUCGUUUCCAUUUUGAUGCAAUGAGUGGGAAGGCUUUAGCAGAGUAUCUAAUUGAUGGGGAUCCGGAGCAGAAGCUAAAGAAAACUAUCUUGGAAGUAGAGCAAGAAGAUCCAAAACUUCUUUCGCAAUGUAGGGAUCUGGCCAUUCGGCACUGUGACACACUCUUUUACAUGUACAGUAUGGGAAAAGAUCGUCACUUUCGUCCAGACUUCUUUAUGGAGGGUAUCCCUGUUGAGGGGAACCCCAACAAGGACGGCAACCGACCAAAAUUCAGAGAUAAGGAUUCUGAAAUGGACAUGGAUGUGCAGAUGGGUUCCUCUACAGAUACUGUGAAUGCUAAGGAGUCCUCGGUAAACAAUGGGGAACAUCGGUCGGAAUGUGCGAUUUCAGCGCCACCCAUGUCUUAUCGGGAAAGGCUCAUGGUGAUGUCAAGGGAACAGAGGAGAAUCUCCUUUUCUGAUAAACUCAAGGGUGCAUUCAACAAGGACUGGGAGCACAUGGUGGUGGUGAAGUGGAUGGGGCGUAAAACAACCUUAGAGGGAAUUAAGAAAAAAAUUAAGGACCUAUGGCAACCAACACAAGAGUACACAAUAUUGGAUUUCAAACAAGAUUUCUAUGGAGUCUUGCUGUCGAAUACGGAAGAUGAGGAAAAGGCACUGUUGGGAGGUCCGUGGUACAUUGGAGGCUCUUGCUUAGCGGUUCAGAAAUGGACACCGGGAUUUAGGCCCUCUAAGGCGAAGAUCUCAAGUAUUGCUGCUUGGAUUAGGCUCUCGGACUUACCAGUGCAGUACUAUCAUAAGGUGGCUCUGGAUUACAUCGGAAACUUUGUAGGGAGAACUAUACAAAUCGACCCAAAUACCCUCAAUGCGGAAAGGGGUCAGUUUGCUAGAAUUGCAGUGGAGUUAGACACAGAAUUGCCAUUGAUGUCCAGUAUUCAAAUUGAUGGGGAGUGGCAUGCGAUUGAAUAUGAAGGUCUCCCCAUGAUUUGCUAUAACUGUGGGAAAAUUGGGCAUACUAAUGUGGUGUACCCAGAUAAACCAGAGGGACAAACGGCAGAUAGCAACAUACAAACAGAAGCCCCAAAACAAAUGGAGGACCAACAAACUUUUAGAUCUGAGAAUCAAGGAGGAGGGUUAGGAUAUGGGCCAUGGAUGGAGGUUCAGAGAAAGCAUAGGCGGCCAACGGGAACAUCAGCUCCGAUGAACUACCAACGGCAACCGCAGGAAACCCAGAUGCCCGUUGGAGGAACGAAAUUCGAUGCCCUCAGAACGGUCACUGAGGAUGCCUUUGACAGAGGAGAGGAAAGGAUGACCUACCCUAUAGGUCCAAGGGAUACGGUUUCGACCCAACGUCUACCCAACACUCAUAAUGGUACGAAGACUAGAAGCCAACAGUGGGUUCCUAAGCCCGUUGAGCCUAUGAUUGUGCAGGAGUCAAGGGGUCCCACUAGUAUGGUGUCCAAUCCAACUCUCCCGAUUACAAAUAAGGAACCCUUUAACCCGAUCAAUGAUGGUAACUCAGAAUCUCUAAAGUUGCCUGAUGUGGGAAAGAAAAGGAGCAGGUUGGUGUUUAAUCCUAAGGAAGAUCCACCCAAUACAUCCUCUCCUUGUCCUCAGCCUGAACAGCUCAAUCAUGCAUCUUCCUCUGGCAACCCGGAUGAACCACCCGAUGAGGAGAUGCGAGAGCAGAUUGAUGGAGCCCUCCCUUCGGAGGGCUAG